AUGGUCUGUGGAGUUGGUUGGAUUGGUGCAGAAUCGAUUAUAUCGGCCGCUGAUGAUCAUAAUUUUAUUCUAACUAACACUGCGACUAAUGAAGCCCAGCAGAUAUUGAGCAUGCAAAAGUAAGUUUUCAAAGUUAUAACAUAUACCAUGUUAUUGAUCAACUUUGAAUUUCAGUUCAUUUUUUCCUACAAGUUUACACAUGUUCCCUAGGAGUCAAUUAAAAGGAACUCAAAAUGAUGUCUAUGCAGUUUCGACUUCAGAUGGUAUAUUGUUAUAGUCUUGUGAGUGAAAUAACUAAUUCAGGUAAAAUAAACAUUUUAUCACGUAAUGGAAAAAUUGAAAAAGUUGUGGAUGCUCAUUCUGGGGCUGCUCUUUGUGCUCGUUGGAAUUCAGAUGGAUCAGGACUGUUAACAUGUUAGUUUUUCUUUUUCCUAAAGCGUCAACACUAUAUUAUCAGGCGGAGAAGAUGGCUAUGUCAAAAUGUGGUCGAGAAGUGGAAUGCUCCGUUCAGUUUUGGCUCAAUUCGCAACUGCAGUAUAUUGUGUCGCGUGGGAUUCGACUUCAUCAAAUGUUCUUUAUUGCAAUGCAGAUCAAUGUUAUAUUAAGUCAUUAAAAAUGCAAGUCGCACCACUCAAAUGGAAAGCGCAUGACGGAAUAAUUUUGUGUUGUGACUGGAAUCCAACAUCCGCCAUCAUUGUUACUGGUGCUGAAGAUUGCAAGUUCAAGGUAAUAAUACAAAUGAAUCUGCACGUUCUAAAACUCUAAAAAAGGUUUGGGAUGGAUUUGGUCAAAUUCUAUUCAAUUCAUCCGUUCAUGACUAUCCCAUCACAAGCAUAUCCUGGAACGUCGAUGGAAGUUUGUUCGCAGUUGGUUCUCACAACAUCUUGAGACUUUGUGACAAGUCAGGGGUAAGAAAGCAGGCUGUGAAUAUUCAGAAUUGAAACAUAAGUAAUUCAGUGGUCUCAUUCGUUAGAAAAAAUGAAUACGGGGUCUGUGAUGUCAAUGAGCUGGUCUCCGGAUGGCACUCAGCUCGCUAUUGGAACGGCCGCCGGACUUGUUUUCCAUGCUCAUAUUAUUGACAAGUAGGUUAAAAUUUGCAUAUGCUAGCUGCGUAAUAAUGGAAACGUCUCGUAUUUUUCAGAAGACUAACCUAUGAGGAAUUUGAAAUCGUGCAAACUCAAAAGACAGUAAUUGAAGUGAGGGAUGUUAGCAGUGAAAUUUCUAGAGAAACACUGGAGACAAAAGAGAGAAUUUCAAGAAUUUCAAUUCUUUACCAAUAUCUAAUAGUGGUGACAUCUUCGUACAUUUAUAUUUAUAGGUAAGUCAUGCGCCACUUUCAUGAAGAAACUGCUUUUUCAGUUCAAAAAAUUGGAACACUCCAACCAUGAUAGAGUGUAGCGACAAAACGGUGAAUAUCAUUGUGCAGUGCGAAAAGUAAGAAAACCAUACUGUCGGGCAUUUUGAAGUCAAUACGCUUUGUUUCAAAGUAUCCUUAGCUUCAUAGUUGUGAUUUUUUGGCUUGUAGAUAUUUCCAUCACGGCUCGGGACUUAGAAAUCACAAUUAAGAAGGUUUCUCAAUAGAGCGCAUUCACUUGAUAGUAACAUUGAAUGACUGAAUUUUUAAUUGAGAAAAUUCAGAGUAUUUCUGGUAUCAGACGGCCUUACAAUAACAAUUUAUAAUUAUGAUGGAAGAAAACUAAUAACGAUCAAUCCACCAGGACAAGUGAUGGCUUUGCUAGAUGAGAGAAAAAUCGACCUUGCAAAUGACACGCUCGUUGUUCGUGAUCGAGCUGAUCACAAAGUUUUGCACUUUUUUGAUCCAACAACUGGAAAAGCUCAAGGAGAUGGAAAUUUAAAGCAUGAGGUGUGCUAGAGAGUGCGAACGGGAGUUUUUUUUAUUUGAAAACGUUGUGUGUUUUCAGUAUGAGAUUGUUGAGCUAACUGUGAAUCAGUGCGGUCCUCUCAACGACAGGAAUGUAGCUUUCCGCGAUCACACUGGCGCUGUUUACGUGGCAAUGAUAAAAACAUUCGGAGUCAGUCAGCGAGUUGCCAAGAUUGGAUCGCUCGUUGAGCAAUUGGUGUUUAAUGACGUCACUAACAUGUUGUGUGGCAUUUCGGAAGGGAAAAUUGGUAGUUAUUUGAUUUAAUAACUUUCUAACAAUGUUGAAACAUUUCACAGUUGUCUGGCCUCUUCCCAACAUUGCAUUCCUUGAUCGGAACUUACUUCAAAAGUCAAUAAUUCAAAAAAGUAUUGGAAAUGUCGGCAAGUUCCCACAACUUGCCAAUUUCGCCGGGAACACCAUAGUGAUCAGGAAAUCGGACGGAUGUCUACUUCCCACAGGCGUCGCGCCAUUCUAUGGAACAGCCAUUUCCAUGGCUUCACAUUCAAAAUGGGAUCAAGCCAUCCGAUUAUGCCGGAGCAUUCACGUACGUCAGUUGUUCAUAAUGUUGCGAAUAAAAAUUUGAUUGCAGAACGACACUCUCUGGGCAACAUUUGCUGGAUUAUCCAUUUUACACAAAAACAUGAUAGCAAUGGAAAUUGCUUAUGCUGCCUUAGAAGACGACGAAAAAGUGGCUCUGAUCAAUGAAAUCAAGGAGAAAAGUGAUAAAGAUGUUCGACAAGCGUUGCAAGUUGUCUUGACGGGAAAAGUUGCUGAUGCAGAUGUGUUAUUGGAAAGAAACGGACAGAGUUUUCGUUCUCUUAUGCUCAACGUACAGAUGUUUAAGUGGAAAAGGUUGACACGACGACUAGAAAAAUAAUUUUCCUAACAGUAAUUUUUUUAGAGCUUUAGAGCUUGCUGUAAAGAACAAACAAUGGCUGGAGAUUGUGAUUGGUUAUCGUGAAAAGUAUCUCAAAAAUUGUGGAUUGAAAGAAACAGAUCCACAAUUUUUGAAGCAUAGAUCUGAGGUACAGAAACAACCAACAUAAAAUUUGAGAAUUGAAUUUUUUCUGUCAAAGAAACUACUUGAACUGAAAUAAUUGAAGUUCGACGCCACUUCGAUAAUCUGAAUAAGUUUUGGAAUAGGUUGAACCGAAAAAAUGUAGACUAGCCAAAUAAAGCCUUGGGAAGAAUUAAAAAGGUGCGAGUCAAAUUGCUCAUUUCCAGGUUGAAGUGGACUGGAUUCAUAUACGAGAGCUAAUUGCCGCGGAAAGAGCAAAAGGAACUUACUGA